AACUCGCGAGUGAAUAAAUACGAAUAAAAUACUUAUUAAGAAAACGCAAAAAUAUCUGCAAAAAUGAAAGUGUUUGCGGCGGUUUUUCUUGGCAUUCUCUGCAUUGCCCACGAGGCCAGAGCCCAGUAUACACGUUGCUUGAAUCCCAACCAGCGAAGUGGCUUCUGUGUGCACAUCAAGCAGUGCCAGACGCUGUACUCCGUGCUCCAGCAGGACCGAUUAACCGAUUCGGAGAAGCAAUUCAUCAAGAACUCAGCCUGUGGCAUGGGAGCGGAUAAGCAACCUUUUGUCUGCUGCACUCAGGAUACUGGAUAUACCAGAAGGACACAGAGAUUGACACCUUCCUUCCCUGACUACGAUGGUUUUGGUGGAGACUGGGAGGAGGAGCGUUCCACUAGGUUUACCUUUCCCAAUCAACAAGUCAGUCGACCCUGGAGCUUUGGCCAGCAGCAGGCCAGCGAUAGGAGCUCCGUUCAGACUUCCACUUUCAAUGGAGCCGAUGGCUCUAGAUUGCUGCCCCAGCCCCCCAAUUGUGGGGGUGUGGCCAUUAAGAACCGGAUCUAUGAUGGCGAAGAUGCUGACCUCAAUGAGUUUCCUUGGAUGGUUCUGCUGGAGUAUCGUCGACGCACUGGAAAUGGUUUGGCCACCAGUUGUUCAGGAUCGCUGAUCAAUCAGCGUUAUGUUCUCACGGCUGCCCAUUGUCUGACGGGAAGGAUCGAAAGGGAAAUUGGAGCGCUUGCCUCUGUGAGACUGGGUGAGCAUGACACACGUACCGCCGUGGACUGUCCCCCUGGCGGUGGCGGUUGCUCCCCGGAGGCCCAGCGUCUGGGCUUCGAGGAGAUCCGGGUUCACGAGAGAUACACGGAGAAGUCGAAGAACCAAAUCCAUGACAUUGGUCUAAUUCGCUUGGAGCGUAAUGUGCGAUACACGGACAGCAUUCGACCCAUUUGCCUGCCCUCGUCUGUGGGUCCGGAAAUGCGCCAGUCUGGUCAGUCUUUUACGGUGGCCGGCUGGGGUCGCACCCUGAAGAUGGCCCGGAGUCCCAUCAAGCAGAAAGUGGAGGUCAACUAUGUGGAGCCGGCAAAGUGUCGUCAGCGAUUCUCACAGAUCAAAAUUGCUGUUGAGUCCACACAACUCUGUGCCGGCGGACAGUUUGGACAGGAUAGCUGUGAUGGAGACUCCGGUGGACCAUUGAUGCGAUUCCGAGGGGAUUCUUGGGUCCUGGAGGGCAUCGUGUCCUUUGGCUACAAGUGUGGUCUGAAGGACUGGCCCGGAGUUUAUACAAACGUUGCUGCCUACGAUAUCUGGAUCAAGCAGAAUUUAGUUUCGAUUCGUACGCCUUGGCCGCCGCUUCAUCUCGUGGAUACUGUAUCUGCAGAUAGUAUCUAUAUCUUAUAUAUACAUAUAUCAAUGCAGUUUAGUUCGGUUCUUCAAUUAUGGAUUUUCUUGGGCUUUUGUUUCUUGGCGCUGGCUGAGAUGGGUCACCAACAGUGCGAUAUUCCCAAUGAAUCAAAGAGGGGCAUCUGCCUGGAGGUCAGUAAGUGUGCGGCAUAUCUGCAGGUGAGAAAUGCCACCAAUUUGCCGGCGGAGAAGGUGAACUUCCUCAAGAAGGUUCAGUGUGAAAUGGAGCAACGAGUGGGAGAUAUUGAAAGUUCGUACGAGUCACUGGUGUGCUGCCCAGCCAAUGGCCAGGAUUAUCUAUUUCCUGUGCUGCAAUUCUCCAAGUUCGAGUACCGGCGAUUUCUGGAUGUCACUUCUCGUUUUAAGCGUAAAAAGCUAAAGCGUCGUAUACAAACUGUAGAGCCCAGCUCUGGGUUUAAUCUGCUCAACGAGUGCGGCAAGCAGGUGACAAAUAGGAUCUAUGGCGGGGAGAUAGCUGAACUUGAUGAGUAUCCCUGGCUGGCGUUACUAGUCUACAAUUCAAAUGACUAUGGCUGCAGUGGAGCCUUGAUUGAUGAUCGUCAUAUCCUCACAGCCGCCCAUUGUGUCCAAGGCGAAGGUGUGCGUGAGAGACGGGGACUAAAACAUGUUCGUUUGGGUGAAUUUAAUGUUAAAACGGAGCCGGAUUGCAUUGAGGAACCAAAUUAUUUAAGCUGUGCCGAUGCCGCCUUGGACAUUGGCUAUGAGACAAUCCAUGUUCAUCCGGAGUACAAGGAAUUCUCCAACUAUAAAUACAAUGAUAUAGCCAUUAUUCGUUUGAAACAUCCCGUAUCCUUUACGCAUUUUGUAAUGCCCAUAUGUCUGCCCAAUAAGACGGAGCCUUUGACCUUGGCCGAGGGUCAGAUGUUCUCAGUUUCUGGUUGGGGAAGAACGGAUCUGUUCAACAAAUACUUCAUCAACAUCCAUAGUCCCAUCAAGCUGAAGCUGCGCAUUCCUUAUGUCUCCAAUGAGAACUGCACCAAGAUUCUGGAGGCCUUUGGUGUGCGUUUGGGGCCCAAGCAGAUCUGUGCCGGCGGUGAGUUCGCCAAGGAUACUUGUGCUGGGGACUCGGGAGGUCCUUUGAUGUACUUUGAUCGGCUGCACUCACGUUGGGUGGCCCAUGGAGUGGUCAGCUAUGGAUUCACCCAGUGCGGAAUGGCCGGAAAGCCGGCGGUGUACACGAAUGUGGCCGAGUACACAGACUGGAUUGAGGGCGUUGUCCAGAUGGAUAAGUCUAAAAACCAACAGACGCAAUCCCUGCAACAGCCACAGCUGUCUUGACGUCAGAUUUCUAUAUUUCCAUAUUUUUGUCGGGGGGGAAGAACAAUCGGCGCCUAAUUGAAAUGGGCGGGGCAGCUGUUCUGAUCCGAUAUUCAGAUCUAUUUGCAUCCCGUCCAUAUUUGUACAUAUUUUGCUAAUUACCUAACAGCCAUCAACUAUUUGGUUAAGCGUGUGAGUGAGAGUGAGUGCGGAAUGCGAGUGAUACCCAGAGAGUGCCAGUGUGUGGAAGCUAACAAAAGUCUGAAAAACAUGUUUCUAUUUAAAUAAACUACUGAAUUAUUUA